AUGUCUGCACCUGAGAACGCUACGUCUACUUCCGCCGCCGACAAUGCGGCUCCCCGUGCGGAGCUCGACAUCAGCAAGCUUCAUGCGCUUCCCUCCGAACAACAGGACCUAUACCUCCUCACCUUUACCUCUGACUUAGUUCAACACAUAUCGGGCUUAGAUAAGGCUCAGGUCUCGUCGCAACAGAAGUCCUUGAAAAAGGAGUUGUUCAAGAUCCUUACGCUACCGUCACCGACGAUCACACGAGUCAUUCGCAAUAACCUGGGACGCUGCUUCGGUGCUAUCUUCAGCAAGGGUGAUCGCGGUGUUCUCUUUGAGACAGUGACCGACUUGCUAGGGAUCUUGACUGCAAGUAAAAAUGAGGCGGAACUCAAGACCAAGUUUGCGGCCGCCCACUGUAUGGGCGAGGUAUUUGCGGUCGCCGGAGAGAGUGUCUUUGCACAGUCCGGUAUUGUAGCAUCAAGCCUACUGAAGCUACUCAAAGCCUCUAGUAAUCAUACGGGAUGUCGUGGGUCGGUGUUUUCCGUGCUGCGGAAGGUGGCCGUCGGGUCUGGAGUUCCCCUCGAUGAAGCUACAGCACGAGACAUCUGGAAACAAACCCGCAAUGCCGCAACCACGGACAAGUCGACAUUUGUUCAAGUCCACGCAUGUCGUUGUCUGGAACAAUUGGUGAACACGACUCCAUACUUUGACAACACGAACGACUUCGAUCACCUCAAGACCGUGGUAUGGAAGGCAAUUGACAGCCCUGUGGCCCCCGUUAGGCACGCCGCUGCAGCCUGCCUUGCUCGCGCGCUAGCCAAGUUGCAUGCUUCGGACACCCGGAUUGUAUCUGUGCCGAAGCCUAAGAAAUCCAAAAGACUAUCGAGGAAACCCACAGCGAAACCGACGGAAGAUGACGAGGAGGCUGAGGUCUCAGAGUCAUCAACUACAAAAAAGUCGGAGCCGCGUCUAUUCUUUCUCCUCCCGGAUCUUCUUCGCCAACUAUCUACGCAGUACCUCAAAAGUACAACAUCCAAUCGAGCUCGCGCUGGCAUUGCUGUAUGCUACAAGCACGUUUUGCGAAUUUUAGGCGACAAGAUAAUUGAGGACCGUUACAGCCAGAUCGCUACCCACCUCCUGUUCGAUCUUCUAAACCAUCCCACGGUGACCUACAACCGGUUUCGGCUUCUUAUGACAAGAAAGUUUGUCAAAAGUAUUCUGGAGGACACGGUUGGACGUGAAUCGCUCCGAGAGACCAGCCAGCUCAAUGCCGCCAAAUGGUUGAUCAAUGAUGUACUCAAAGACUACCCUCAGGUUAUUCAGGAACGGCGCGAGCCAAGCAAGCACUCUUUGACUAGCACUUUGAGCGCACUGUCUUCUUUGAUCAUAUCUCUAGGUUCUGCAUUUGCUACUCUCGCUGAACCCUGUCGCGAGGCUUUGCUUCUGGUUCUGUCUCACCCCAGCUACACCGUUCAGAUCCACGCAGCACACUGCUUGCGAAACUUCGUCCUCGCUUGCCCACAUCAGUUGUUGUCUUGUGUUACAAUCUGUCUGAAUACUUUGAACAGGGAAGUUGGCCAGUUGGGCACUCCUCGGCAAUCCCCGCGUCGGUGUGUCGGUUAUGCUAAUGGUCUUUCGGCCAUGCUAAGUACCUCUCGGCUGCAACCCCUGUACGGGUCUGUUGAUGUAUUUUCCCGUGUAUUUACUCAGGCAACCGACCUUCUGAAGACCAGUAGCAACUCCGAGCUACGUGCGGCGUGUACGCAGAUUCAAGUCGCUUGGAUCCUGAUCGGAGGCUUAAUGCCACUCGGUCCAAGCUUUGUGAAGAUUCAUUUAUCGCAGCUGAUGUUGUUAUGGAAGAAUGCGCUCCCGAUACAUUUGAGCAAGGAAAAUUCUGCUCAGUGUGGAGUUUUGGAGAUGAGCUUCCUUGCACAUGUCAGAGAAUGUGCUCUGGGUGCAUUACUGGUUUUCAUGGAGUUCAAUAGCAAAUUGAUCACAGCCGAUGGUGCGAAGCGAAUCGCAGGGAUGCUUCAGAAUACAGUUGAUUUUCUGGAAGACCUCCCACGGCAGAAGUCCGUAAAUGAUUCAUCUCAGCGUCUUCACCCAUCGUUGCAAUUGCACGAUAUUGAGACUAUGGUUCGGCGACGUGUCCUGCAAUGUUUCUCCAAGUUACUCCGUGUCCAUCCCUUGAGCCGUGGUGAUGUCAUCUCCCAAUCUAGUCUCUUGAGCUUGGCCAUUUCAUCCUUCGCAGAUCCGGAUGCUGCCCAAGCGGGCCCUCUAGAAAGCUCGAUUGCAGCAUCAACAGCGCAAUUUGACACUCUGUGGGAUCUUGGCGACAAUUAUGGAUUUGGAGUGACGGGUAUCACUCGUGACUACGUUCGCGCGGCGCUUAAUGGCAAGAACGAGAACGAUAACGGGCCGUCAUGGUCUGCAGUUGAUUCGGCGGAUCAAAGUAUUGAUGAUGCCUUGACUUUCCCUAUUUUCCAAGCAAGUGAACACGAUUCUGUUCUUCUAUACUCGUCAAGACAAGGCGAUUGUCUCUUGGCUGACCCGCACGCAACCGGUGUCGUUAACGCGGCCAUCGAGCUCUUCUCUGUGGCUGUUCCACUACAUGCGCCCAAGGUUCAAGAAAGCAGCGUCGAACAGAUUGCGACGUUUAUUGCAUCGCCAGGCUUGCAGCGGAACCCUGGCCGCAAGGCUGCCAUGCUUGUCAACGUUGGCGUGGCGCUUCUUCACGCGCUCAAAGUAUCAGUCGGAGAGUUCGGCCAUGGAGCUGGAAAACUCAAUCCCGCCACUGAUAAAGUUCUUCAAGAGCUCGUUCAGAAAUUCGUUACUGACCCCGACCUCAUUGUCCGUACAAUCGGUGCCGAGGCACUUGGACGGCUCUGCGAGAGCUCCGGCAACACCUUCACAAAUACCCAGAUUAAUUGGCUCGUGGAUACAAUUGUUGCUAAUAGAGAACCCAAUGCUCGUGCUGGCUGUGCUGCAGCCUUAGGGUGCAUUCAUUCACAAGUCGGUGGUAUGGCAGCUGGUCUGCAUCUCAAGACCAUCGUUGGCGUCUUAAUGUCUCUAUGUAACGACCCUCACCCCGUGGUUCACUUCUGGGCCCUUGGUGGUCUAGAACGCGUUGCGAACUCUGCCGGUUUGACCUUCUCGCCGUUUGUCUCUAGUUCUCUCGGUAUGCUCGCUCAGCUAUACAAUACCGACACUCAUAACGAGGAGGCAGCAGCCUUGGCUACAUCCAAUAUCGAGAUGUCCUUCCUCACUCCUGUCUUAAUCAGCCGCUGCGUUGACUCUCUUAUCAAUGUGUUGGGCCCUGACCUCCAGGACAUCGCAAAGACACGGAAUCUUAUCCUCACGCUGCUCAGGCAGUUUCAACUAGAGGACAACUCGGCCCUGGUCACAGAGAGUUCAAAAUGCCUGGAUCAUCUCUCACUGUAUGCGCCAGCAUACGUUGACUUCCCUGGAUACGUCAAACGCUUGCAGGUCGAGCUUUCCGCUGAUACCCCUCUAAUGAGAGACGUGGCUAUCCGAGGACUCAGUAAUCUUAUGAAACGGGACGCCGCAGCUGUUAUUCGCACCGCUACGCCGGCGCUUGAGGAUGACAUCUGGCUCGCGUUUGAUGAUACACCUGAUCAUCCGAUUUUGAGAGGCAUGAUCCAGGACUGGAUGCAGCAAACAGCUCUUGAAGAAACAGAGUUGUGGAUUCAGCGCUGUCACAAUACCUUGAUUAAGACGCGUGUCAAAGUGGAGGAAUUGCCCCUUACAUCUGCUGUUAAACCCUCAGCAAACGAUAUGCCGGACGACGAGGUUGCAGGUUUCGCGUCCGCGAUUGCUGGGGCCGGGCAGUCAGACGGUGCCAAUGAUACAGUAUCGGGACAAGAGCUUUUGAAAUGGCAGACUCGUAAUUUCGUUAUGAGCUGUCUCAGUGAGCUCUUGUGCAUCGUACAGGAAGCGAUCCUACCAGAUCAAACAAUUCCCGCUGAACUUGUUUUGCAGCAGAAGGUUGGGGACAUCGUCCGCAUGGCGUUCUCGGCCUCUACAGCAAAUGUGAUAGAGCUUCGAAUUUGGGGAUUGAAGAUUAUUGACCAGGUUCUUAAAAUGUUCGGCAAAACUCCCGACCCGGACUUUACUGAGGCAUCGCUCCUCGAGCAAUACCAGGCCCAGAUUGGAUCAGCUCUUACCCCUGCGUUUGCUGCUGAUUCGUCUGCAGAACUAGCGUCUGAGGCCAUUAAUGUCUCUGCAACAUUCAUUGCGACAGGAAUCGUGACGAAUGUGGAGAGAAUGGGCAGAAUUCUCAAACUUCUGGUCAUUGGCCUCGAGAAUUUCUCCAAUAAUAUGGAUACCACAGAGAUUGGGGAGCUGAAAGGGCUCAAUUCGAACGCCAGAGUCAUGGUUAAAGUGGCAUUGUAUUCCGCCUGGGCACGGCUCCAGAUUGCGAGUAUCGAACAAGAAUACCUCAAUGAGGUCGUUCAGCCGUACCUUACAAAGCUUACUCCGCUAUGGCUUUCUUCUCUUCAGGAGUACGCGCGUUUGAGAUUUGAGCCAGAUAUUUCUGGAAGCCUGGGUACAGGACCGUUAGGUGGCGACUUGGACGAAGUAUACGCUGCUCUGAACCGGGAAACACUCCUGAAGUUCUACCAAGACUCUUGGUUGAAUCUUGUUGAUGCAAUAGCUGGGUUGGUCGAAAGGGACAUUGACUUUGUCUUUGACGCGCUAGACGGCAAGUCCGAGCUCGACGAGGCUAGGCCUGAUGAAAAUGAGCCUGAUGCAUCCAAAGGAGAGGUGGGAAGCAAAGGGCAUGAUAUUAACUACCGUGAUGAACCAGUCGCUUUCUUCUUCGUUCUUUUUGGUCUCGCUUUCGAGGCUCUGGUUGACCAAUUCACAACUCCGUUACAAAGAUUAGAGAUCCUUCAAGCUUUGAAAAGAAUUCUACGACCGGUGAUCUCCGGAAACGCUAUCUAUCAAGACGCCAUCUUCUCAGAGACGAUGGACUCCCUUGAUCGCCUUGCUUUGACGGAGGGCACCCCCAUCCAGAAUGUUAUUGUGGAAAUCGCACGCAACCUCUCUUUAGAUCAUCCGUCAGCCAAGGGAAGCGAGGGUCGAGAUGAUCAUCUGUCUGAUGAUAUUGAACAGCUUUUCGAGUUGACAAGAAGCAUCAUCCUCGUCCUUGCGGGAUUGUUACCCAAUUUGCGCGAAUCGACGCCUCUUGCACGAUUCGGCGUGGGAUCAGAAGACGCUUUGUCGCUCAUCAGGCUCUCGCUCUCCUCGCUUGUUAACGUCGCCUCGAUCUUCCCGUCCAUCAUCCGCAAUGACCUCAACGCGUGUAUUCUACACAUUUUUAGCACAAUUCUGGCGACAGGGUUGUGCCAGGCAGAAGUUGUUCCCCAAGCCCUCCCCACUUUCAAGCACUUCAUCAGCAGCGUGAGCAACAACCGGGACGUUGGACCGGAAGAUCCCGAGAACGUUACGGUGGUAUCUCGCCAGUUACGGGGCUGUCUCACCCGCUUCCUCGCAACGCUCACCAUCGCGCAACGACGGGAGUCCGAGUCUUCAUUACCCUGUGCCAAGAAUACCCUUCUGGCAAUCACUAUCCUUCUCACAACCGGUGGCCACCUCAUCCCACCGCACGACCCAGUCAUCACUCUCGUCCUGGACGAACUCCUGGACUGCCUUCAGGAUGUCGGUCUCGCCAAUGUUGCCGCGGGCUGUAUCCGGUCAAUCCUCCUAACCCCGUCACCAAAAUCUCCCACUAGCGAGGCUAUCGCACGAUACCUCACUCCCCGCCUCAUUGGAUUCUAUAUUGGCUGCCCCAAGGAGAACGGCGACGUCGCAAGCGACCCGGAGAACUCCAAGACCGUUAUCGCCCGCACCCUUGUUUCCUGCGUCACGAACGCCAUUUUCUCCGCUGACGCAACCCCAACCGCCAUGUCCCUCGUCAUGUCGACCCUGCUCUCCCGUGCCAACCGCGAGGGCUCAGCCGUGUACACCGAAACAUCUGCCCACUUGCUUGAGCUCGCAAAGGCCAAUCAAGCCAUCUUCCGCGCCCUGGUGGCCACUAUGCAACCAGACCAGAAGAUUCUACUGGAAGAUAUCCUGCGCAGCGCGGACGUGAAUUCCGGAGCCCCCAAACCAGGCCGGGAACGCACAUACUCGGACCAAGAGCAGCAGAGUAUGCCUAGUAUUGCGCUCCGGAUGGAUUUUUAGAAGACCGCGAGCGUCGUUCAAUUCUUCAUUUAACCCAACCCUCUUCCUUUUCACAUUCUUGUUCAUUAAUUGAAACCCUUCAUCUUCUUCCUUUUUCUCCAAGAUGUGUAUCUCUUUCUCGCUGUCCCACCCUUCUUCGUGUUUCAUGUUUAUGUUAUGUGCAUUUCUUAUUGUUUAAACCCUCUGCAUAUGUUGGUCACUUCCUUGUGCCUUGAUGAUUGGGAAGAAAUGUGAAGUAUACGUAUUAUCCCGC